AUGAGGGUUUGGAAAGAGACUAACCGUAAUCUAUACCUCCACGAAUUUUUGGAUAGGAAAGCGUCAAAGCGGGUUUGUAUCUCUUGCAAGAAGGAGGCAAAUUGGCGAUGUCUCGAUUGCUUUGCCGGCACGGCAUAUUGUGCAGAAUGUUGCCGAACAUCCCACUGCAGGGACCCUUUCCACCGGAUUGAACGUUGGACCGGCACCUUUUAUGAGCCGAGCUGGCUGUGGAAAGUGGGUUUGGUUAUUCGACUUGGUCACGAAGGUGAUCGGUGCCCGAAUGGAAGCAGCAACUUGAGUGCCGACCUUGACAUUGACGAAGAGGAAUGGUUUGACAUGGAAGACCUUACCAGCACUUCGGCCGAUCCAAAACCAACGGACCGUAUUUACAAUGGUGGCCGGGUCAUGACCGUAGUCCAUACUUCCGGUGUGCAUCACCUACCUAUCGUCUUCUGUGGAUGUUCUGGUGCAGCAGCCGAGGACAUACAGUUGUUCCGGGUUGGGUUGUACCCAUCCACCUACAAGUCUUGCCAGACCGUAUUUACCUUCCAACUCCUCGAUGACUACCUGCUGGAAAACCUGGAAUGUAAAACAUCGGCCACCCACUACUACUCCAAAUUGAGAAGGAUCACCAACUUUGCAUUUCCGAAUUCCAUUCCGAACCGGUAUCACGAGUUAAUAAGGGUUGGUAGACAAUACCGUAAUCUUACUGAACUGGCUACUUUUGGAUUUGGACACAAAGGUAAGGCUCCGACGCCGGGGGAGAUGGGUUUUUUUUGCCCUACCUGCCCACAACCGGGAGUCAACCUUCCUGAUGACUGGAACAAAAACCCCAAUGAUCCUACUAACUGGAAGUAUACCAGAGGAUUUGUAGCCGAUGGCAAUUUCACAGCAGCCCACCAAAAACAGGCACGGCCCAAAGACGAUGUUUGGCUUAAAAAUGGGGAUAGUUUCAUGACGCAAAGAGGACCUUAUUUGAGCCACCUUCGGGACGCGAUUGAAGAUAAUGAUCCGAGGACAUGUCAUGAGCACAAUGCUAUCAACAACAAGAAUGUAUUUCACCGAGGUUUUGACGCUACUGGAAUUGGAGCCAUUGCUUGCCUUCGACAUGGCACCUUUUGUCCGGGUUCGGUGGUAGAUUUUCAAAAGGGAGAAAGGCAAAUGAACAUGGACUAUGCCUUGUGCCAGGCUCUGAAGAAUACCAUGACCAGUGAAGAAAAAAGGGUUAUUUUUGUCUAUGACAUCAACUGCCAGUAUAUGCCGGGAUCGGCUUAUUCCAUGUCCAUGGCCAUCAAGAAAUAUGCUUUCCACGAUUUGCCCCAACAUUCAUCCCCGGGGCUGGUCAAACAGAUGGAGAGAUAUUGGAGACUUUGUGGGCUGUUCUCAACGAGCCUUUGCAAGAAGUGGAAGCAAGCAAAACUCGGGCUCUCUGAGAGCUUCCAGGCUCUUGAAGAAUUAAGUGCCUCAGCAAGUAAGGAACAGAUUCAAGAAUGGGAGCAACAGAUCAAAACGGCAAAUUUGAAUCGGGCAAAGGACCUUUCCGCCAUGGACAUCUAUUACGUCAAGGUCAAGGAAGCCGAGACCGAAAAGGGCAUUCGGCUAAAACUUAUGACUAAAGAACAGGCAGGCAAGGUCAAGCUGGGGUUAACUGGAUGGGUAAACACCGGUAUCAAAAUUCAGGAAGCCCAAGCCGAAUUGGCCGCCUUUGUGAAGGCUCAAGGCAGUCGUCCAAGUGCCGAUCAGAAGCUGGAGAUAAUGAAAUGUCGAGAGAAGCUGUCCAAGCGACUUGAAGAGUUUUCCGAGGGCGGUCAAGGCCAUUUUCCCAACUUGGAAAUUAAUGAAGGAACUAUUCAUGAUCCACUGCUCUCGGAGGAUAUUGUGGAUGACGAUGACUGGAGCAAUUGUGAUGAAGAGGAAACCCCAGCACCGAGCAUACCCAGUUUGCCUGAUCAGGGAUAUGGAUCGGCCGAACAUCAACAAAUCCUCUUACCAUCCUCAUUUCAAGCAGCCCUCCUCCCUACAUCACUGGGAGAAGCCCGGUGCGUAGAGAUAGAAUUGAGAGUGGCCCAGGCAAAUAACGCUCUGAAGCGUUUACGGGAAGCCAUCGGUUACAAGUCAUUCCUUUAUCGGAAGAGAAUUCGAGCCGAGAAAUCGAAAAAACGUGUAACUCGGGCUUACGAUGCUGUACAAGGAUCGGAUCGCAAUAUGAAAAGUGCUCUCCGGGCAUACAACCAAGCUCGAUGGGCUCUUAAUCAGCUCAAUGCUCCUCAGGGCACUCGUGACCGAUACAAGCCGAUAGGGAAAAAAGAUACAAGGGCACUAACUACGGUAUACAAUGGCAACGCCCGGGGUCAAAGAAAUAUUGCUCUGCCAUGGUUCUGGAAUAUGGCUGUGGCUGAUGAUUCGUCGGGUUCAACAUACAUGGAACAAGUAUAUCGGGUGAAUUGGCUCAGAGCAAAAGCUCGAUAUGACCGGUGGUCAGAAGAGCAUACCUUGAUCCCAAACGAAAUGAACUGGACCCGCCUCUAUUUCAUCAACAAAGCAAGGGAGUGGGCUGGGCUGAGGGACUUGGUGCCAGACAAGCCGGGACAUGUAUGCUUUGCCGAGGGGCAAAUCAGUGAUCGGUGCCCGAAUGGAAGCAGCAACUUGAGUGCCGACCUUGACAUUGACGAAGAGGAAUGGUUUGACAUGGAAGACCUUACCAGCACUUCGGCCGAUCCAAAACCAACGGACCGUAUUUACAAUGGUGGCCGGGUCAUGACCGUAGUCCAUACUUCCGGUGUGCAUCACCUACCUAUCGUCUUCUGUGGAUGUUCUGGUGCAGCAGCCGAGGACAUACAGUUGUUCCGGGUUGGGUUGUACCCAUCCACCUACAAGUCUUGCCAGACCGUAUUUACCUUCCAACUCCUCGAUGACUACCUGCUGGAAAACCUGGAAUGUAAAACAUCGGCCACCCACUACUACUCCAAAUUGAGAAGGAUCACCAACUUUGCAUUUCCGAAUUCCAUUCCGAACCGGUAUCACGAGUUAAUAAGGGUUGGUAGACAAUACCGUAAUCUUACUGAACUGGCUACUUUUGGAUUUGGACACAAAGGUAAGGCUCCGACGCCGGGGGAGAUGGGUUUUUUUUGCCCUACCUGCCCACAACCGGGAGUCAACCUUCCUGAUGACUGGAACAAAAACCCCAAUGAUCCUACUAACUGGAAGUAUACCAGAGGAUUUGUAGCCGAUGGCAAUUUCACAGCAGCCCACCAAAAACAGGCACGGCCCAAAGACGAUGUUUGGCUUAAAAAUGGGGAUAGUUUCAUGACGCAAAGAGGACCUUAUUUGAGCCACCUUCGGGACGCGAUUGAAGAUAAUGAUGCAAAUGAACAUGGACUAUGCCUUGUGCCAGGCUCUGAAGAAUACCAUGACCAGUGA